UCAAGUGAAUCUUUUUCACAUUUUAAAAAAAAAAAAAAAAGAAAAAAAUAGACGGAUGCCAAAAACAGUGUUCAUUCAUCACAGAUUUAUAACUAGAAAAAUUGACACACCGAGCUGAGUUGAAUUUCAAAUCAAUCUCCAGGGUCCCAGCUUUCAGAAAGUUUAUUCCUUCCCCAGCUCGGAUAGGAGUUGAGAGCAGACAGACGGGGGCUAGAGGAGCACUGCGGGACAACGGGGAGAGCGGCGCUCGUCCUGCGUGCGUUCUGGACAUGGAAAUGAGCAGCCUGAGGAGCGCUUCAAAAGAUGGUAUAAAUCACGAUGGGCUAGUGAAGAGAAACGGAGGGGACUCGACGCAGGUGACCGUGCCUUUGGAGAGUCGGGUAACCCCGUGUGACGGACGCAACAUCCUGAGACAACGAAGGUUGUUAUUAGAUGGUAGAAAGCGCCUUUGCGCCAUGGCUCUGUUCACCGCUAUUUUCGGGAUACUGCUAAUGAUCUGCCGCGCCGAACUGUGUCACUACCUACCGGGCUCCAGGUCUGUCUUUAUCAUCAACUGUUCCAUCACCCUGUCCACUGGGUGUCUCCUCAUCCUCAUUAUUGCUUUCCAUUAUAAGGACAUCAGGCUCUUCACUAUCGACAACAACCAGGCAGAUUGGCAUAUUGCUAUGACCACCCGCAAGUUUUUUGGGAUUAUCCUGGAGCUGAUUGUAUGUGCAAUCCAUCCAGUUGGCACGUACGGGGAAAUGGGCCUCCCUGUCAAUUCCUCCUUCUCAUCACCGCUGUGUGUGUCCCGCAGCCAUGGUGAUGCUCUGAUGGGCAUUGAGCUGCUGCUGUCUGUGCUGAUGUUCCUCCGCCUGUACUUGGUACAGCGAACUGUUAUGCUGCAUAAUAAAGUGCUGCUUAGCGCUUCCUACAGAACCAUUGGCUCACUCAACAGAAUCAACUUCAGCUUCCGCUUUGUUGUCAAGACAAUGAUUCACCAGUACCCGGCACGCAUGCUGCUGGGCUUCAUCAUCUGCUACUGGCUCACUGUGUCCUGGAUGUUCACCCUUUGUGAGAGGCAGAGCCAUGCAACAGCAAGCCACAUGGGCAAAGCACUGUGGCUCAUACCCAUCACCUUCCUCACAGUGGGAUAUGGGGACGUGACGCCGAUCACUGCUUGUGGCAAAACAGUGUGUGUCAUCACCGGAGUAAUGGGUGUAGUCUCCACUGCUAUGCUGGUGGCAGUUGUGUCCAAGAAACUGGAAAUGAACAAAGGAGAAAAACAUGUACACUUCUUCAUGAUGGACAACAAGCUCUGUAAGAAGAUCCAACAUGCUGCUGCCAAUGUGCUUAGGGAAUGCUGGCUCCUGCACCGCACCAACGUGAAGGGCAACAGAGGAGAGCAGCGAAAACACCAGAAAUACCUUUUGAACGCCAUCAAAGUAUUUCGGUAUUUGCGCCUCAAACGACAGAGAAGGAGAGAUUCUGCCAAUGAGGCGGUCGCCCUCCCCACGAUGCAUAUGAUCAUGUGCGACCGGCUUCUUAGCAUUGAGCAGCGCCUCCAGCAAAUCUCUGAGGUCCUGUCUCAGGUCGUACAUCAACUGAACCCAGAGAUCAGGUGACCUGGCUACAUGCAUUGGUCAAAGACUGGAGAUAGAUGGUUGUCUUCAGUGCUUUAGACCAAGAUCUACCACUCAGCAAUACGUGGAGUAAAAGCCCACAGAUGUUUGAAUUCUGAA